AUGAUGUUGAUUCUAAUUUCGAUUUUGGUUUUGAGUUUUUUUGGAGGAGUUGUUGAGGCGAAAACAUUGAGUGUUGGUGAGUUGGAAAAUCUGAAUUUUUGAAUUGGACUUGAGAAAUUGGGACCCUAGGAUUUCUGAAUUGAAUCAGGGUGACCGAAUUCUAGGUAUCCCUGGUUUAAAAAGAUACAUUUUCAAAAAUAGUCCAAUUCCUUUUUUGAUGGUCCGAUUCAUAUUCAAAAAGUUCCCGUUUCCAAAACUCCUUCCUAACAAAAUCCAGGUUGCUCCCAAUACAGCAAAAACCUCGAAACCGAUGGAUCUACAGUAUACCUUCCACAUCAAUCCGAUAAUACCGUAUCUUUACCAGCCAAUUUUUCAUGUAUUUAUGAAAUUCCAAUCAAAAUUGGGCUCUGGGUAAAAGUCACAAUUUUGAAUGAUUUAGAAGAAACUGAUUUUAUACAACUUGACGAUGGAAUUGGGCAUUUUACGAAAAUUGUGGGGUAAGUUCAGAAUUUUAUUUUGGAAACGAAUUCUCAAAAAUUUUCCAGCGAAUCUAGUAGAUCAUCGGAAUAUUUUCUAGUUUCAAAUUCUAAAUUACAAGUCUCUACGUCAACGAACAGUUCGAAAAUUUUGAUAAAAAUAGAUUAUACAAGUUGUGAGUAAUAAUUUUUUGUCGAAAAAAAUGUACAAAAUUUUGAUAGACACAAAACCUUCAACUCUGGAAAUGAAGUCAAAUGGUCAUUUGAAUUAUGUGGAAUUAAAUGAUAUUCGACAAAAUCCAAUCACAAUUACAAGUUCUGAACAGGUAUUUAAUUUUCUCAUGACAAAAAAAAUAAAACUUCAAAUUCUGAUGUUUCUAAAGAUUAUUGCAACAGUUGGUCGAAGUGGUUACAUUUCUGAUGACUUCACUCUAUUUUUCAUUUUUGACGGAAACUUGACAAACUAUCAGAAUGUUUCAAGAAUGGAUGAUUUUAUUCGAGGACAGAAUUUUGUAUCAACAUCCAAUUUUUUGACAAUCAUCGGACUUGAUAAUCAAACAUCAAUGUCUUCGCUGAUUUUCCAUAGAAAAUCUGAUGUUUCAAGUUUCGAUAAACUUGCCGGUGUUACAGUUGCAAUAACUUCAGGAACAAUAAGUAUUUCUUCAAGUAAACAAAAUACAGCUGUAACAUUUUUGGCGAAAAAUAGUGAUGUUCUUCUUCUCAACUCAUUGCAUUUCACAGAUUUGGUAAGUAAGGAAAAGAUCUGAAUGUGAGUUCAAAAAUAAUCUAAUUUUUUUUUGAAGGGAAACGGGGAUCCAGCUUGCACUGCCAAAGCCAUCACUGGACCUCCGACUUCAAAUUCAAAAGAACUUUUUGAUUUUUCACCAUCUUCCAAUAAUCCAUAUAUUCUCCCGCAACUUUUCCCCGCAAAAUUUUUCUCGAUAAUCGUUGAACAUUGUAGUUUACAACUCACACUUCGAAGUUUACUUGUUGAUUCUUAUUAUGAUGUUCAGGAAAGUCAAACGGGAUAUAUUUUUUCGCCGAGUUAUUUGGAUCCAGAAAAUUUGAACGAUAUUAAUGUUACCUACAGUAAGCUCAAAAUAAUCUUGUAAAAGAAAUAUCUUGCACAAAAACUACAAUUUUUCAGCUGCACAAAAAUCAAUGAAGUUCGAAGUAUCAAUUGAAGAAGUUCAAAUAACAUCCAAAGGUCAACUUGAUAUAAGUGUAAUAGAUUCAGAAAACCAGAAAACUUCAAGUAUUGUGUAAGUUUUCCCCCCAGUAAAAAAUUAUUUCCUAAAAUGUUCCAUUUUCAGAAUAACUGGCGAUCAAAAUGGGAGUAAAUCUCGAGCAGUCGGUCAAUCUAUGAAUGUUGCAACAAAGAAUUUCAACAAUAAUUCCGGGAGUUUUGCAAAAUUAAAAUUUUCCGUCUAUUCAUCAACAUCUUCUUCAAUUGCACAAUUAUUUCUAACUUUUAGUUUACUUCUUAUUUUUAGGCAGUUUACAACGGGUUUAUAGAAAAGAGAAAAUAAUGAUAUACAUAAUAAGAAUAAAAAGGUUUUUUGAAGAUCACAGAAAGUUUUGUUAGCGAAAAGGAAACCAAGGAAAUUCGUAAUCGAAUUUUCAGCUCAAAAUUUUCUUUGUUCGGGCCGCUUUCGUGGAAUUUUGAUCUACACUCGCGCCAGAUGCGAGGUACUGUAUGUUCUGGACGUUUACAGUACCCCGAGCGCUCUCAAGCCUACAAGCGCAUCUGGCGGAAGUGUAAACCGGAAAGCGGUGAUGGAUAGGCUUAGAUUUAAACCUCGCUUUCAAUCUAUCCCCGCUACGUAGGAGAUUUUUCGAGAAAAAAUUAGGCAGGUUCCUGGGUGAGGUAUGUCGAAACUGUUUAUCAUGUACGUAAACGUUUCUAUCUAAUCGUAAGAAAUAUUUUUCCGUCGAAAAAAGAAACCAGAAAUAUAUAGGUUAUUUUAUUAUCCUUUCAAUUAUCUCUAAACAUUGAAAAUUAUUUGAACUUUUUCAAAUACAUUUUGAGAGAUAUUAUUCGAAGACCUUUUGUUUAUUAUCAUAUACUUUUUUAAUUUUGAAAACAACUUUUGUCUUCUAAUAACAAAUAUAAUAUAUAAGUAUUUUCAGUCGGAGAAAUAAUGUGGAAAAUAAUCAUCAUUUGUCUAUGCUUCUUUGCAAUACAUUCGAAUGCAGGUAUCAUUAUUUUUAUUAGCAGUUUGCAACAAAAACAUCGUUGGCAGAAAAACCUCUAAGAAAAUCCUUAUCUACCUCGUUAAUUUUCUCUUAUCGACUUUAGUCAAGUCGUUGACCAACUAAAAUCCUCAUCCUUUCAAUUCGAAAAAAAAAUUAGUUUUCAGACAGCACUGACUCUCCGAUCUCUAGAGUACCUACUGUUCUUCCGAAUGUGACUUCAUCAUACUCAUCCUUCGAUAUGGACAAGGAUAUCGCCGAAAUUGCUAGCUCGUGUCUAUAUUCAAAAGAUCACCGAGAAAUCUUAGGAAAUACAAUUGGACCAUUCUUUGCAUUAUGUUCAAUUCCUUUUUUAAUCGAGAACGGUGUAAAUUUAAUUGCGUACAGUGAAAUGCGCGCUGCUCUCGGAUUUCCUCCUCGAGGACCAUGGAAACAUUAUAAGAAGCGGAAUUUAGAAGAACUCGAAUUUGCCACCCCAGAAGAAUACUUUGAAUUCAGAGAGGAGACCAAAGAUCUUAGUCUUGAUAGCGCAUAUGUUAUGGAGAAGAAUUUCCCACCAGUUAUCAAAUUUUUGGAUGAACGAUUUCCCGCUUUUCGAAAGAUUUUCAAGCAUAAAUUUAACAACAUUCAUCGAGCAAAUCCAAUUGAUCGAGAAACUAUUGAUGCAUUUUGGAACGAAUAUGUUGAUCAUAUUCUUACCGAAAUGACUCCUGCGAUUCAUAGUUUGGCUCAUUUUAAUGACGACUGUCCUUACGAAUAG